AUGUGGAAGCUGCGUCGGCUGUUGGGACCCGAGUUCGAUGAGUUUGAUUUCCUAGUGGGGGCACGACAGGCGGCCACUCAGAUGAUCGAGGCGGUGCGUCGGGCGGACUGGAGUCGCAUACGCAGCUGCUGCACAGAUCAGGGCGCUUGUGCCAUUUAUGGACUAACCCAGAGUCAACGGAAAACCCAAUACACGCAACUGGUGCGCUUUGAGCGACAGCAUCUGUGCCGUGUCGAACCGGUGACUGUGCAGCGUCUCUGCGAGGAUGGACGCAACUAUAUUUAUGUGGAUAUUGCUUUUGUGGGACUGCGCGAUAUGCGCGACUUUGCAUGCAGUGUGGAGCAACAGGAGAUGUGGCAGCAGAUGCGGCAGGUGCUCCGAAAAUCUCAAAUACCCGAACAAUUGGCACCCACACAUCGCCGGAUAGUCCUAGGCGAGUUCCAAAUGACGCUGCGCAAGGAGCUGCGACCUGAAGAGUCAGGAGGAACGGACACCAAGGGUUGGCUGGUCGAUUUUUACAAAGUGUACGGCUUCAGACUGGUAAACUACAGUCCCGUAACGUUGCAGUAUCGGGUCAUUGAGUUUCUAAAACCAGUUUAA